GUCGGUGUCAUUUGCACGCGUGCAAGGUCGGCGCUAUCUGAAGGAACGUCUCCUAAGAACUUGAGCGUCUCUCAAGAAUUGUCGCGAUUUCAGCAUCCCCAUCCCCUGCAUGGAUGCGCAAUAAAUGUGCGCAUCUUGAUCUCGCAUUCCCUUGAUCGUGCUGCGCACAAGUUAAAUUAUUUCUUGCUGUGCGAAACGCUGCCGACUGUGUUCCGUUUGCUCUGGCUAGGUGCAUUUGGAAACACAAGACUCGUGAUUCGUGUCCCUGCUCGAAUGCUUUGCUCCUGCUGUUGCAGACAUGGUAUAUUCAACCAUACGUGCACCUACUCUGAGCGCUAUUGCCCUGACUGCCGCAACUGUGGGCGGAGCAGUGGGUGUUGCGACUUACUUCUGGCUAAAACGCAAGGUCAGAGACAAUGACAACUUUGUGCCCGUGGGGCACUUGGCCAACAUUGUGAUUCAUCCAAUCAAGUCUAUUGCUGGAGUAGAGGUGCCUUAUGCAGACUGCACAGUGGCUGGACCAGUUUACAGAGGGCUCAAGGACAGGCAGAUGCUCGUUGUCAAGGGCGAUUGCUUUGUCUCCAUGCGCGAAGAGCCACGCCUCGGCAAGAUUAGGGUCACCUUCGAUGAGGACAAGCUGACACUGACACUGACAGUCGAUGGCUAUGCACCACUCAUAUUGGAUACUUGUGACCCUGAAGAGCACAAAAAACCUUCGUUCACCGUCAGGGUUCGAAAGUUCAGUUACAAAGCCAAUGAAGUGUCUGAAGAAGCCUCAGACUGGUUCAGGAACUACCUCAAGCAUGACGAUGUUCGUCUGGUGAGGGUUGUUCUUGACAGGGAGACCAUCAACCGAAGCAAGAAUGGUGCUGCUCCGGUGGCCUUCCAAGAUGAAUCAACAUUUCACGUCCUCUCAAAGGCAUCCCUCGAUGGGCUGUUGUCAAAGCUGCCUGGAGACAGUGACAUUCAACAGCGCAAUUUUCGACCCACACUUAUCAUAGACGGCUGUGAAGCCCAUGCAGAGGACCACUGGCGACGCUUCAGGAUCUCAGACGCAGAGAUGGCAUUCUUAAGCCGCACACCUAGGUGUAUCUUGACGACGGUAGAUCAAGACACAGGCAUUAGAACUGACAAAGAGCCACUUGUGACACUGCGAAAGUACAGAAUUGACAGGUCUGAAGAAGGAGUGAAGAAGUAUGAAUUCCAACCACUUUUUGGUGUGGGCGCAUUGCCCAUCAGAGAUGGCCGAAUCACGGUCGGAGACGAAGUCUAUGCUCUGCUGUCCCCGAACUCAUUACUGUGAGCCAGGCACGUACCCAGGGGGGGGCCCGGGGGGGCCCG